AUGAUGAUGGCAAGAAAGCAAGAUGUCCGCAUUCCCACCUACAACAUCAGCGUGGUGGGAUUGUCCGGGACCGAGAAGGAGAAGGGCCAGUGCGGCAUUGGGAAGUCUUGCCUGUGCAACCGCUUUGUGCGGCCCAGUGCCGAUGAGUUCCACUUGGACCACACCUCUGUCCUUAGCACCAGUGACUUUGGCGGACGCGUGGUCAACAAUGACCACUUCCUCUACUGGGGUGAAGUCGGCCGCUCCCUGGAGGACUGCGUGGAAUGUAAGAUGCACAUCGUGGAGCAGACGGAAUUCAUUGACGAUCAGACUUUCCAGCCUCACCGUAGCACGGCCCUGCAGCCCUACAUCAAGAGGGCGGCAGCCACCAAACUGGCCUCGGCCGAGAAACUCAUGUACUUUUGCACGGACCAGCUGGGGCUGGAGCAGGACUUUGAACAGAAGCAGAUGCCCGACGGGAAGCUGCUGGUGGACGGCUUCCUGCUCGGCAUUGACGUGAGCAGGGGCAUGAACAGGAACUUUGAUGACCAGCUCAAGUUUGUGUCCAACCUCUACAAUCAGCUGGCAAAAACAAAAAAGCCCAUAGUGGUGGUCCUGACCAAGUGUGACGAGGGCGUCGAGCGGUACAUUCGUGAUGCACACACUUUCGCCUUAAGCAAAAAGAACCUUCAGGUCGUGGAGACCUCGGCCCGCUCCAACGUGAACGUGGACCUGGCCUUCAGCACCUUAGUGCAGCUCAUCGAUAAGAGUCGGGGGAAGACGAAGAUCAUUCCUUACUUCGAAGCCCUCAAGCAGCAGAGCCAGCAGAUCGCCACGGCCAAGGACAAGUACGAGUGGCUGGUGAGCCGCAUCGUGAAGAACCACAACGAGAACUGGCUGAGCAUCAGCCGCAAGAUGCAGGCCUCGCCCGAGUACCAGGACUACGUCUACCUGGAGGGGACGCAGAAGGCCAAGAAGCUGUUCCUGCAGCACACCCACCGCCUCAAGCACGAGCACAUCGAACGUCGGCGCAAGCUGUACCUGGCCGCCCUGCCGCUCGCCUUCGAAGCCCUCGUGCCCAACCUGGACGAGAUCGACCACCUCAGCUGCGUAAAAGCCAAAAAGCUCCUGGAGACCAAGCCUGAAUUCCUCAAGUGGUUUGUUGUGCUCGAGGAGACGCCCUGGGACGCCACCAGCCACAUCGACAACAUGGAAAACGAGCGGAUCCCCUUCGACCUGAUGGACACCCUCCCUGCCGAGCAGCUGUACGAGGCCCACUUGGAGAAGCUGAGGAACGAGAGGAAACGAGCCGAGAUGAGGAGGGCGUUUAAAGAGAACCUGGAGACCUCCCCCUUCAUAACACCCGGCAAGCCCUGGGAGGAGGCCCGCAGCUUCAUCAUGAACGAGGACUUCUACCAGUGGCUGGAAGAGGCUGUGUACAUGGAUAUCUACAGCAAACACCAAAAGCAGAUUAUAGACCGGGCCAAGGAGGAGUUCCAGGAGCUGCUGCUCGAGUGCUCUGAGCUCUUCUACGAGCUGGAGCUGGACGCGAAGCCCAGCAAGGAGAAGAUGGGCGUCAUCCAGGACGUCCUGGGGGAGGAGCAGCGCUUCAAAGCUUUGCAGAAGCUCCAGGCUGAGCGCGACGCGCUGAUCCUGAAGCACAUCCACUUCGUGUACCACCCCACCAAGGAGACGUGCCCCAGCUGCCCGGCCUGCGUGGACGCCAAGAUCGAGCACCUGAUCAGCUCGCGCUUCAGCCGCCCGUCCGACCGCAAUCAGAAGAAUUCCCUCUCCGACCCCAAUAUCGACAGGAUCAACUUGGUCAUCUUGGGCAAAGACGGGCUGGCCCGGGAGCUGGCCAACGAAAUCCGAGCCCUCUGUACCAACGAUGACAAGUAUGUGAUUGAUGGCAAGAUGUAUGAGCUUUCCCUGAGGCCCAUCGAGGGGAACGUCCGGCUUCCGGUGAACUCUUUUCAGACACCGACCUUUCAGCCCCACGGCUGCCUCUGUCUCUACAACUCCAAGGAGUCUCUCUCCUAUGUGGUGGAGAGUAUAGAGAAGAGCCGGGAGUCCACCCUGGGCCGACGGGACAACCAUUUGGUCCAUCUCCCCCUGACACUCAUCUUGGUCAACAAGAGAGGCGACACCAGCGGAGAGUCCCUGCACAGCCUGAUCCAGCAAGGCCAGCAGAUAGCCAGCAAACUGCAGUGCGUCUUUCUCGACCCGGCCUCGGCCGGCAUCGGCUACGGCCGCAACAUCAACGAGAAGCAGAUCAGCCAAGUGCUGAAAGGCCUCCUGGACUCGAAGCGGAACCUCAACCUGGUCAGCUCCACCGCCAGCAUCAAGGACCUGGCCGACGUGGACCUGCGCAUCGUCAUGUGCCUGAUGUGCGGCGAUCCCUUCAGUGCCGACGACAUCCUCGUCCCCGUCCUGCAGUCCCAAACCUGUAAGUCGUCCCACUGCGGGAGCAGCAACUCUGUUUUACUUGAACUGCCAAUCGGACCACACAGGAAGCGCAUCGAACUGUCCAUCCUGUCCUACCAUUCCUCGUUUAGCAUCAGGAAAAGCCGGUUGGUUCAUGGGUACAUUGUUUUUUACUCCGCCAAACGUAAGGCCUCGCUGGCCAUGUUACGUGCCUUUCUUUGUGAAGUGCAGGACAUCAUCCCCAUUCAGCUCGUGGCCCUGACUGACGGCGCCGCCGACGUCCUGGACAACGAUCUGAGCCGGGAGCAGCUGACCGAGGGCGAGGAGAUCGCCCAGGAGAUCGACGGCAGGUUCACGAGCAUCCCCUGCAGCCAGCCGCAGCACAAGCUCGAGCUCUUUCACCCCUUCUUCAAAGACGUGGUGGAGAAGAAGAACAUCAUCGAGGCCACACACAUGUACGAUAACGCCGCCGAGGCCUGCAGCACCACGGAGGAGGUGUUCAACUCGCCACGUGCAGGCUCGCCACUCUGCAACUCCAACCUGCAGGAUUCCGAGGAGGACACCGAGCCCCCGUCAUACAGCCUCUUCCGAGAAGACACGCCGCUGCCCUCUCUGUCCAAGGACCAUUCCAAGCUCUCCAUGGAUCUGGAGGGGGACAGUCUGUCUUUCUUCAUGAGCAGCUUGGAGAGUAAACUGAACAACAAAGUACCUCCGCCAGUCAAACCAAAGCCUCCUGUCCAUUUUGACAUCACCAAGGGGGACCUGUCCUAUUUAGAGCAAGGUCACAGAGAUGGACAGAGGAAGUCCGUGUCUUCGAGCACCUGGCUACCUCCAGAUGGGUUUGACCCCUCCGACUAUGCCGAGCCCAUGGAUGCGGUGGUCAAGCCGAGGAACGAAGAAGAGAACAUCUACUCCGUGCCCCACGACAGCACCCAGGGCAAGAUCAUCACCAUCCGGAACAUCAACAAAGCCCAGUCCAACGGCAGCGGCAACGGCUCAGACAGCGAGAUGGACACCAGUUCCCUGGAGCGAGGCCGCAAGGUGUCCAUCGUCUGCAAGCCGGUGCUGUAUAGGACAAGAUGCACCCGCCUCGGGAGGUUUGCGAGCUACCGGACCAGCUUCAGCGUGGGCAGCGACGACGAGCUGGGGCCCAUCCGCAAGAAAGAGGAGGACCAGGCGUCCCAGGGUUAUAAAGGGGACAACGCCGUCAUCCCCUACGAGACGGACGAGGACCCGAGGAGGAGGAAUAUUCUCCGCAGCCUGAGGAGGAACACUAAGAAACCAAAGCCCAAACCCAGGCCCUCCAUUACAAAGGCAACUUGGGAGAGCAACUACUUUGGGGUGCCGCUUACAACCGUCGUGACUCCAGAGAAGCCCAUCCCUAUUUUCAUUGAAAGAUGUAUCGAGUAUAUAGAAGCCACAGGCCUGAGCACAGAAGGCAUCUACCGCGUCAGCGGGAACAAGUCCGAGAUGGAGAGCCUCCAGAGGCAGUUUGAUCAAGACCACAACCUGGACCUGGCCGAGAAAGACUUCACCGUGAACACCGUGGCCGGCGCCAUGAAGAGCUUCUUCUCCGAGCUGCCAGACCCCCUGGUGCCGUACAGCAUGCAGAUCGACCUGGUGGAGGCACACAAAAUCAAUGACCGGGAGCAGAAGUUACACGCCCUCAAGGAGGUGCUCAAGAAAUUCCCGAAGGAAAACCACGAAGUCUUCAAAUACGUCAUCUCUCACCUGAACAAAGUCAGCCACAACAACAAGGUGAAUCUCAUGACCAGCGAGAACCUCUCCAUCUGCUUCUGGCCCACCCUGAUGCGGCCCGACUUUAGCACCAUGGACGCCCUCACGGCCACGCGCACCUACCAGACAAUCAUCGAACUCUUCAUCCAGCAGUGCCCCUUCUUCUUCUACAAUCGGCCCAUCAGCGAGCCCCCCGGCGCCACACCCAGCUCCCCCUCCACCAUGGGGGCCACUGUCCCCUUCCUCACCUCCACCCCCAUCACUGGUCAGCCGUCUCCCCCCCAGUCGCCCCCACCCACCCCUCAGUCCCCGCUGCAGCCCCUGCUGCCCUCCCAGCUGCAGGCCGAGCACACGCUGUGAGCCCC